AUGGACCCAUACUUUACACGCCGUAGUGAACUUACUAUUCACCAGAACUGUCUAUUAUGGGGAAUCCGUGUUGUGAUUCAACCGUCACUGCGUAGUCAAGUUUUGGAUGAGCUACAUCAAGGCCACAUUGGUGUGGUUAAAAUGAAAACCUUAGCAAGAAGUCAUGCUUGGUGGCCAGGGAUAGAUCGGGAUAUAGAACUUUUGACAGAGAGCUGUGCUGGAUGCCAGACUGUAAAACAUGCACCGCCAGCCUCACCUAUUCACCCCUGGGAAUGGUCAUCUAGACCAUGGGAAAGGAUCCAUAUUGACUUUGCUGGUCCGUUUCUCAAUUCAAUGUUUCUAGUCAUUCUUGACGCUUACUCUAAGUGGCCAGAGGUGAUACCUAUGAAAACCACCACAUCUUCCCAGACCAUAGAUGUAUUACGUACUGUUUUUGCACGUAAUGGCCUUCCAUCACAAAUUGUAAGCGACAAUGGACCUCAAUUCACAUCAGAGGAGUUUACCAAAUUUACCAGAGGAAAUGGUAUAAAACACAUAACCUCAGCACCCUAUCACCCCAGUACUAACGGUUUAGCAGAAAGAUUUGUACAGUCAUUCAAGAUGAGUCUCAAGUCGAGUAAAAAGGAAAAGUGGUAG